CAAAUCUGUAACAAAGUAAAGUAGGGUUAGGAAAUUUAAAAAUUCGAAAAAUCUAAAAAAGACGAAGAAAAUGAAACGAUUACAAAAAGUGAUUACUAAGGAAGAUUACGAAAAAAUAACUUUAGCAAACAUUUCAAGUUUGGAAGAAUUAAUAGAAAAUUCCGUUGAAGAAUUGAAUUUACAAACAAAUUUACCUUAUGAAAGUCUCAAGGAUAUAGUAAUUAAAGCCUCAAAAAUAUUUGGACCUAAAAUCAUAUCAGCAUUUGAUGUACCGGAAUGGGAAAAACUCUCCACUGGCUCUCCAGAAAUAGACUUAAUAACAAACGGCGGGAUGUCGUUUGAGGGAAUAAACGAAAUUUCAGGAUGCAGUGGUGUAGGAAAAACACAAUUUUGCCUACAAUUAUCGAUAAUGUGCCAGUUGCCAGAGAUUUUGGGGGGGAAAUAUAGGGGGGUUGUGUACCUCAACACAGACAAAUUAUUUCCUUCCACAAGAUUUAGAGAGUUAACCACAAAUGUUAAAGAUAAAUACCCUCGACUAGACUUGGAUUUAGAAAGCAAUGUAUUUUUACAACAUAUAUCGAGUUAUGGACAACUUAAAAGGACUUUAUACACUUCACUGCCAAUAUUUCUGUCUUUAAAUGAUGUAGGAUUAUUAAUUAUUGAUUCUAUAGCAGGAAUAUUCCGCAGUGACAAUGAAGAUGUUGUUUAUUCACAAAGAAGCCAACAGUUUGUUAAAAUAGCUACUCAACUAAAUAAUUUAAGCACAAAAUUUAAUGUGUGUGUUGUAUGUGUAAACCAGGUGACUGAUAAUCCAAUUACAGAAGAAACGGUCCCCUGCUUGGGAUUAUCAUGGAGUAAUCUAGUGAAUUCUCGUUUUCACAUAACCAGGUUUCAAGAAUCGAGCAUAAGAAAAUUUGAAAACAUUUUCGGUCCGCAUCUACCAAAUUCAUCUUGCAAUUUUACAAUUAACUCGGAUGGUAUUUCAUAGUGUGUGAAGUUACCUUAAGCGAGUCUCGCUGCGAGACACGGCAACGUCGGAUUUAUCUGUCAGUAGCUGUCAAAUGUCAAAAUAACCUUUAAAUUUGAUGAAGUUCCAAAUUUUCGCAUACUUUAAAAAUAAUAACGCGCAAAAAUGAACGGCGUAAUAUUAGCAGGGUUGGGUCUUGCAGCAAUAGGAUUUGCUGGUCGAUAUGCAGUAAGGCAAAUGCCCAACGUAACAAAAACAAUGAACGAGGCAAUGAAAAAUUUACCGAAAUUCGAUGCUGAAUCGAUGGCCAAUUCUAAAUAUUACAAGGGCGGUUUUGAUGCCAAAAUGAAUAGGAGGGAAGCAUCUUUAAUUUUAGGUAUUUCUCCAACAGCUAACAAGGCCAAAGUAAAGGACGCUUUUAAGAAGGUCAUGGCUGUAAAUCAUCCUGAUAGAGGUGGUUCCCCAUAUUUGGCAUCAAAAAUAAACGAGGCAAAGGAUUACAUGGAAAAACACUUAAGAUAAAUUUGUAAUAAUAUAUUAAAUAACAAAUUGUAUAUAGUAGUAUAAUUGUAUUAAAAAGAGCAAAUUUUAAACACUUAUGACUAGAUUUUGUUCAAACUUGUUUUAUUUUUGGUAUUUCAAUCUUAGUUUAUCUAUUUUGGAAUUUGAUAAGUUUCCAGACAUGGAAAAAACAUCCUGAAAUAAAACAGAAUUUUUUAACCCUUUGGAAAUUAAUUUUUACAAUAUUCAUAUAAAAAUUGUAGCCAAAGACUUACUUUCAUAAACUGAUGGCAGUCUAUCACAUGGUCAUGAUUUUUCAUGUUCCUAAAACAUGCAAUGAGAUCUCCGAGCUCAUUUGUUUCCAAAAUUUGUUGCUUGUGCAGUCUAAUCAAAGUGAUGGCCACUCUGAAAAGAAUCUUGGAACCCUCAUAAAACAAACAGUCCCAUAUCCUCAGUACUGUUUCGGUUGGCAACACCUCAGAAUAAAUGCAAACAAACCAUUUUGUUAUCCCCAUGGCCCAAGGCAUGCCAACUUUGUGAAUAUGUCUGCUUAUGGCAGGUUCCAUAACUCUGAUUAACUCAUCUAAGACGUCGAGAUCAGUGAGGAGCCCUGACAUUGUUAUUAUGUAGUAUUGUGGAAGUAUUUUAUCAAUUAAACAUUUUAGAAGCCAGAAUGAGCCUUCUUCAUCUUUGGUGGCUAGCAAUAAAAGGCCUGCAAUGUAAUUUAGGCCCUGGCAGUAACCUACAUCUGUAUUUUGGUGCGCAAAAGCUGCUAAUACAUUAUAUAAAUGACUUGGUAAAUACUCAUGAUUUGUAAAGAAUAUGUUAUCAGGAAAAGUUCUAGGCAAAUCUAUUUCAAUGCUCUCCAACACAUGCCUGUUUGUUAACUUUUUUUUUAAAUCAAAAUAACUCACUUUACUUUUGUUUUUAAGUUCUAAGGCCCCAGAAACAGACAUCCAACAUGAUAAUCGAUGAUCCACUGGAAUUCCUUUUCUGACAAAUCUUUUUAAAGUAUUCGACUUUUUAUAUUUGUUUCCUGUUAAUGUACUCCACCUUUGGGAGCGUCGAGUUAAUGUUCUUAUGUAUUGAGACAUGAAUUUGUCGUGCAUUUCAAAAUUGAAAUUUGAUGCCCUUUCAAACCCAUAUUCAUCAACAUUACUAAAAAAAUGUAUUCAUUUUA